AAUAUCUACGACUACAAGUACAAGAGCCCGCCUUGUGUUCCAAUUUUGGCACCAAAAUUUUUGAAAUCCCCAAUUCGUUUAAGUCUUACUUCCAUUUCUUGAUUUAGGGUUUUUCGGUUUUCUCUGUGUAGAACCUCUGGAUUUAGGGUUCGUGUUUGAUUCAUCCCUCUCUCUCUCUCUUUUGGUCUUGAUUCCUUCUCGGCUCCCUCUGUUUGUUUCCGAUGGCUACUGAAACCCUAGAGGAGAAGAAACUGGAGACCGAAGCUCCGGCAGAGGAUGGAGGUGGUGUUGGUGAUUCCGGGAAAGCUGUUUCUCGGGAAAGUGACGAGGCGGAGGAGAAAGACGAAGCGAAAGAGAAAGAAAACGGUGUAGAGAGCGAGGAAGAAGAGACGGGUCAGAAGGGGAGUAGCGGAAUAAACAAAUCGGUAGAUAACGAGCCGGUGACCCCGCUCAGUGACAGGCCUACCAGGACGAGGAAGAAGGUGGAGCGUUAUUCGCUGCCCACUCCUUCGCGGUCCUCUGGAAGCAAGUCUGUAUCGAUUGUUAAGGGUCGUGGAACAAUCCUCAGGGAUAUCCCAAAUGUGGCUUAUAAACUAUCCAAGAGAAAACCUGACGACAAUCUCCUCUUACUUCACACCAUCCUUUAUGGAAAGAAAGCAAAGCCACAGAUGCUGAAGAAAAACAUUGGCCAGUUCUCAGGCUUUGUAUGGUCAGAGAAAGAGGAGGAGAAACAAAGAACAAGAGUGAAGGAAAAGCUCGAGAGAUGUAUCAAGGAGAAAUUAAUCGAUUUCUGCGAUGUGCUGGAUAUACCUAUAAACAAGAGUAAUGUGAAGAAGGAAGAACUCUCUGUCAAAGUGCUGGAAUUUUUGGAAUAUCCGAAGGCAACAAGAGAUGUCUUACUUGCUGACAGGGAAAAUAAGCCAAAAAAGCGCAAGGUUACUCCGAAAGAGAAUUCUGGGGAAGCAUCUGAGGUUACAACCAAGAGAAAAAGGCAGCCCAAGACAUCUGGAGAGAAGCGAAAUCAGCCAUCUGAAACUGAAGAAACCAAAGAGGAAAGAGAUGAUGCGUCAGAAGGAACUAAUGAUUCUCAUGAAGAAGAUGAGGCACCACUGAAGGAAGAAAGCGAUGACAUAGAUACUCAAACUGAAGACGAAAAAGAUGAAGCUGAGGGCAAACAGUCAUCUGAUAAGAAAAGCUCACAGAAAAAGACUGUGAAAGGUAGCUCUGGGACCAAACGUGAGGAUAAAGCAGCUUCUACCAAUCAAAUGACUAAGUCGACAUCGUCCUCGACUAAGAAACAGAAAGUUGAAAAUGAGGGUCAAAAGGAUCAGAACGAUUCCUCUGAAGGGAAAGGCAAGAAACGAUCAAGUAAAUCACUGGCCAAGGAUCUAGGUAAAGAAAAAUCAGGUAGGAAAGGUGGAGCAGAGCCCACGACAAAAGAGAUGUUUGCAGUGGUGGCCAGAAUUCUUAAGGAAGUGGACUUCGAUACGGCAACUCUAUCCGACAUUCUAAAGAAGCUUGGUGGGCAUUUCGGUGUUGAUCUCAUGCAUAGAAAAGCUGAAGUGAAGGACAUCAUCACAGAGGCGAUGAAGGAAAUGACUGAUGAUGAUGAUGAUGAUGAGGAAGAUGAGGAAAAUACAGAGGCCGGAAGUGACAUAGAGAAGGAAGACGAAGAGAGAAAUGACUGAUGCUUGUAAAAGAUUGACGACAAUGAGAAGGAAAACAGCAGCCAAGGAAGCCCCAACCCAAGAGAAAUCGGCUUUUGGCAUGGUGCACAAGAGUGGUGAGUUGGCUUUUAUCUUUUCGGGGUUUGAAGCUAAAUGAUUCCUGAUGAUACCUUUCGAUUCACAGUCAGGGCUUUGUUUGUUGGUAGCGUGUAAUCUUUGUAGUUUCAGGCUGUAUACGGUUUGUCUUCUUCUUCUUAUAGUGAUGUACUGUAGAUCAGAAGUUAGGGUUCUAACUCGGUUCCUCACUUGUCUUAGGAAAGGAUACGAUUUGCUUGACGGGUUUGAUUUGAUUGGGAUUUGUUAAUGUUAAAAAUGACUUUGGAGUGUGAGAAUCAACCUUUCCUCCAACA